GUAACGGCUGGCAUGCUGUUUACUUUUUUUCGGGAGAUCUUUUAGUCAACGUUCUACACUUGACUGUCCAGUGUAGAAAACAUUUACCGCACAUUUUAAAGACAGCUGAAAUAACGUCACGCGCUGCGUGACAGCAUAUUUAGUUGUCAGUCAACGCGUUUGAUCAUUUACGUAUGUUACCAUAGCAAUGCAAAUGUUGGACAGUGGCCGGACAAAAACACAAAAGCGUAAGUCUAAUCUCUAAAAACACAUUUAUGAGACGCAUAAAGAACUUCUGUCGCGUUCGAUUUGAGUGGCAACAGAGUUAAUAAUGGCCGAGAGUUGCGUUCAAGUUGACCCGCGGGUCGUCGAAUUCAAAGACGUGGAACUGGGCAAGGUCUACAAGACUGUCAUCACGGCCAUUAAUGUGGGCAGAACCACGAGGGAAAUAUGUUUUGAAAACCCCAAGUUGAAGGUUUUUAAAUUCUCUGGACCCAGAUCUGCUAAGAAUUUAGCACCUGGUUUGUCUGUGAGUGGUUUAUUGGAGUUCACCCCUGAGGGAGAGGAGGAAGUCACAGACUACAUAUAUAUUCACGUAGAUGCUUCAGAAACCAUUAAAGUUCCAUUACAGAUUUCUCCUCGGGCUUGCUCCCUAUCUAUGGACUCAGAACUCGACUUUGGCUUUCUUCCUGCCAGCGGUCAGAUUAUCAGCAGACGUAUUCCUAUCACCAAUCGAGGCUCGGCAUCAGGUGUGUUCCAGGUGAUGCACAGUGGAGAGUCUUUGGUCCGACUUUCGCCUUGCACUGGAGUCGUAGCGCCAAGGGCCACCAGGUGGCUGACAGUUGAACUGCAUGCUGACAAACCCAGACAAGUUGACGAAAAAGCCUUGGUCAAACUUCAGAGUGGCUCCACUGUGGUUCUCAGUAUCAGAGCUCAGGUGGUUGAACAGCAUCUUGAGCUCUUGGACAAACAGGGGGGCCCUCUGUCGCGUCUGUUCUUCGGACCCGUCUACUUUGGGACGUCCCGUGUGGAGCGUGUAGUGUUGACAAACAACGGGCCCCAAGCCUGCGACUGGAUCUGCUUACCUCAGGGUUCUGCUGCUGGAACCGAAACUGGAGCAAAUCUCGACAAGAGCACUGACGUCGCUUUGCUAGCCAAAAUGCAGCGGUGCCCCCCAUCCCCCCACUGCCCAUGUCCGGUGGUGGAGUGCAUUCCAAACCAAGGCCGAUUGGGACCAUAUAAAAAAACUACUGUGGCAGUACGCUUCAGCCCUGUUUUCCAUAGAUUACAAGGCGAGCCUCGACGCCAAGCCAGUCGGGAGGACUACUGCCUUUUUCUGCACUUUCACUCAGUUAGAAGCAAACAUGGCUUCACUCACCGAAAUGGUAACAGCACUGUGGAAUUGGCAGUGACAGGCACCGGGUUGCCUGUGGCUCUGCUUCCAAGUCCCUCAGAUAGAUUUGACUUUUCCACCUGUGAGGUGGGCCAGCGUGGAGAACACCUCUGCGUGCUAGAGAAUCACUGCCUGCAUCUUCCCAUCAACUUUCGCUUCCGUAAAUUGGCGCAUUUUGGUGCUCAGCCCCCCUGCGGCACUAUCGCUCCUGGACAGUGUCAGGACAUAGUUUUGUAUUUCAACGCGCGGCAGCAAGGCAAGUUCCAAAUGUGCCAGAAACUUGAUGUUUUAGGAUAUGUCGCCCGCCGGAAGGCUAACCGCACCAGUGAGGAUGACGCCGAGCUGAGCCUCGGCAGCUUCUACACCAUCUCACUAUACUUAACAGCCACCUGCAAAAUUGAGAUGACACCUCCUUCUCCAAAAUUAAAUCCUGGUAUUACACCAGUAGUAAGCAACCCGACUGGUUUACGUCCUAAUGUGCCAUCCAAAGAAUUGGCCUGCUGCUACGGAAUGGUGCGAGCUGCUGUGGUCAGCGCUCGUAAGACAAAGUUCCACAUGCAUCGAAGGAAGACCGGUCAAAGUUCACAUGCUGAGGAAUUUCUGGCUAUGCCAAAUGACCGGGCCACCAGCGUCCGACCAGCCUCACCACAUCCACAGUUUAGGACCAUCUUCACCGGUGUACGCCGAUACAGUUAUGUGGAUCCUGAAUAUGGCUUCACUUGGAAGGAAGCGGAACAGAGACGAUUACAUAAACAGAGUUACACAGACUUCAUCAGGCAACUCAGACAAACACGCCUGCAGAUGAUCAAGACAAAAGGAGAAGAUCAAGAGGACAACUUUGGUAUUGUAUCCGCUCAACGCCUUUUACAACCUAAGCUUCUCUUUAGUGACAUGAAGUCCAAUCAGAUGUCAAAUAGUGGGUUGAAGUAUGCGUCCUGUGGCCAGCGCAAGGGCAAGACCCCCAACGCCAGGCAGAGCUCAAUGGAUUCACACGCAAUUCCAGCUACUAGCCAGGAGAUAGCGGACUGUGACAGGACUUUGACACCUCAGGAGCUUUACCAGAUUAUCAUAGGCCCAAUAUUUGUGGACUUUGGUGAGGUGUGUUUACAAUCAGUGUGUGAGCAGAAGGUGGAGCUGAUCAAUCCGCUGCCAGUGUUUGUGUGGGUCCAGUUUGAGGUGGACUGCUGUGAGCUGCAGGGCUCGUCUCCCCUUUCUCAUGUGCUGCCACCUGUUUCCCACGAUGCAGUAACUCUGACGUUUCAAAGUGACAAACUGGGUCACUUCUACAGACCUGUGUCUUACACAGUGAACCAACAACAUCCCGGACAGAUCCUGGUCAAGGCCCUGGUUGUCCGAAAUUACCUGGAAUUGUCCACCUCAAUGCUGAUACUUGUUCCCAAUGCAAACCUACUCGCCUCAUCAGGCUACCGAAGCUCAGUUACCCUUCGGAACACGCGUAAUCUGACAGCAGAAUUCAUAUGGCGCCCGAUUGUUCCAGAGAGUGGCAUCCUCUUCUCUAUUCGACCAGCAACAGGUACAGUGGAGCCAUUCAGCGAACUGGAUUGUGAGGUUGUGUGGCAUGCCUCUUACUCAUCCCCACAAGAAGGAGACUUUGACCUGUAUGUCAUUGAUGGCAACAUCCAACGCCUGCACUGCAUUGCUAAGGUUGGAUCUACUUGCAUCCGACUCGCAGAGAAUCGGUUGAUGUUUGAAUCGGUGCCUCUCAACAUGCUCUCUAUCAGAAAUAUAAUCUUACACAAUAAUGGCCAGAACCAUGCUUAUUAUCGAGUGCUUGACGUGUGCCCUCUGCCAUGCAUGGUGGUCAUCCCGUGUGAGGGAGUGGUGCCCAGUCGAGGGAAAGCUGUCCUGAAGAUUCACUUCAACCCUGACUCUGUCUUCAAGUUUGACACCAGGGUUGCGAUAGCUUUGAAGAACAUGAAGUCCAUUGAGGUCCGAGUUGGUGGAUCGGUAGAGCCUCCUAAUGUUGACAUUAGUGUGUCCUUUUUCCAUUUCUACGGUAUCCAUAUUGGGUCCGAGAGAGCGAUACCCUUCACAUUGAUCAACCGCUCACCAGCUGCAGCUCGCCUCACCUUUGACCUGUCGCAGUAUCCAGACUUCUCACUGUGGCUUCCUCCAUCUCCUGCAAAAGACAGUCAUCCAGUUGCAAGGGUUGUAGACGUCCAGGGCCACCAAAAAAUCAACUGCUCUCUUGUCUUCUCCCCUACUGAUUCAGCUGACUAUGACUUUGACCUGCCACUGAUGGUUAAUGGAAUGAGAUGGCCCGUUACUUCUCCGCCACCUUCCCCGUCAACAGUCUCCCCCUUCUUUUCAUCCGGCAGCAAGUGCGUUAUCAAAGUUAUUCCCUGGUCUAUCAACAUGGCAAUAAAACAGCCACACAUACAAGCCACAGUGCAGUUUGCCCCGCUGGAAUUGUCCCCAUCGAGCCUACAGUUCCAUGUGGAAGCUUUUACACAACCUUCUCAAUCCUACACAAAGACACUGGAGCUAAAAGCAGCAUGUGAAGAGAACAGCUGUUGGCACAGCAUCCGAGGGAAGUGUGUGCGCUGGCAGUUCAACUGCAUUGACACAACACCGCCAGAGGGUCGGCGAGGGGGCGAGCUUCAUUUGUUGGUGUCGCCAUCAUCGGGUUGUCUGGAGCCUGGUCAGGCCAUCUGUUUGGCAAUCAGCAUCACACCAGAGGGGUUCGCAACAUACACGGUGACCAAACUUUCCCUUGCUCUUUACCUGGGACACCAAAAAGGGAGCCAAAUGGGGCAGCUGUACAAAAAGCUUCCCAUUACAGUUAUCCACCAACUCCCCAAAAUCACCAUCACCCCUCCACAAUUGCUGAUGACCCCGGUACCCUUGGAAAGCAGCAUAUCAGCCAAGCUCACCCUGCUUGCCUUAGGAUAUACAAGCGGAACCACUUUAACAGCUGAGGUAGAUGACGUUGACCUGGAGGAUGGAACCAAGGUGCAGCCAAUCUGUGUCACCUUCCCAGAAGGUAACACCAUUCCUGCCCAAGACCAGACAGCCGGUGUGACCUCACUGAUCUGCCGAGUGACUUUUUUCUCUGGCGUGACCCUGGCCAUUCGCACAGUCAUCACCUUCACUGAUCACCUUGGCAACAGAUUCAAGGUCAAGUUAUGUGCCAUAAGUGACAACUGUUUGUUGACCGUGUGGCCCCAAAUGGCUCUUCAACGCUCCAUGCAACAGAUAGUUCUUAAGGCCGGAGCUACAGUUAUUGAAACAAUCACACAUCACACACCAAGUCUCGGAUCAGAUCCAACUUCCUCCUCCUCCUUGUUCGAACCCAUCAGCUCAACACCCAAGAACUCAUCAUCAGAAUCCUUGUCACAAAGUGAGAGCGGCAGUCAGAACAGCAGUCACAGUUUUCGUAACACAGACACCCCGCAGACUGAUAUUGGUGUGCCACGAUUUCCUACUGCAUCCUCAGCGGAGGCCCAAUAUUACCAGGAUGUAUUAUUAGCAUUGGAGAGGUGGUUUAGCUUCUUCGGCUGGCUCAGUGGGCCACACCCCAUCAGGAUUCCACACACACUCAGAAGAAUUGUGUCUGAAGAUGCCGUAAAUAAUCCCAGUGGACAGGCACAGGGGGUCAGCCAAAAAAAAGACUCCAGGUCCGCAGUGGAGAUGAUUCAUCAUCUGGCAGGCAAACGGAUCCCCAACAUUUCUCACUGUCAGACCUUUUCCACAGACGUACACCUGCGCACUCGGCAGCUGCUCCAACAGAAUGAGGCCAUUUUUGCUUUUCUCAGAGUACAGGGAGCCUGUCUGAGUCACAUCCGAGCUGAGUACUUACUGGAUUUUCAGGAGUUCAACCACUGGUGCUCGCUCCAGUCUAAUGAGGAUCAGUCAGGUGUGGACUUCAACAACGUUGACUAUGAAUCUCUGAGCAAACGAUGUUGGACUGAUUUUCUGCUGCAAAUAUAUAAGGUCUUGGUGUUGUGUCGCGUGUCCGAGAGCAGUCGGAACCCAGCUGGUGCGAAAUACCACAAAGAUGAAGACGGAAUCCUCAACAUCCAUUCACUGCCCAGUAACCUCUACUCUCGACAUGAGCUUCAGCUUCUUUCGUGGCUUAAUUCACACUAUCAUUACAUGAGGGACACAGUCUGGGGUUCCGGUACUGUUCCGCCAGUACGCUGGAUCGUCAAUUUUGACUUGGACUUCACUGACGGAUUGGUGCUCGGUGCUUUGCUAGCUGCCUACUGCCCGUACCUGGUCUCCAGCCACUUUCAGAGGAUGUACACUACAACUCCCAGCCUGGAGCAGAUUCUACACAACAACAUCAUUAUUGUCCAGGCCUUAACCAUACUUUCUCUAAAUAUGGAUCUGAAGCCCACAGACUUGUCAAAUCCCAACCCCGUGCAAAUGUUGAUGCUGUGUGUUCAUUUAUACGAGAGACUGCCUCAGUACCAGCCUGUAAACACCAUCACGCUCUCUGGAACCCUGCAGCGGACUUUGAGCAAGCAGGUGCAUUUAAAAAACCCGUCCACUUGCCUUGUCAAAUACCGGACAAUCCUUCUAGGCCAGGAUGCCAGUCUGUUCUCCCUGCCUGAUGGCUCUGCCGUCACCAUUCCUCCCAAAGGGAGCACCGAUCUUACGGUCCAGUACUGGUGCUCAUUCCUGCAGCCUAAGGAAGCUGUCCUCCUGCUCAUCUCUACCUCAGCUUCUGGCCUGCAUGGUGCCACUUUGACUUUUAAAGUGAACACAUGUGUUAGUCAAAUCGUACCCACAAAAACUGUCAAGUGCAAGACUCCAACCUACAUGCUAAAAGUGAUUAAACUUAAAAUUACAAACACAUUUAAUUUGGAAGAUAACUUCAGGGUGAUGCUCGUAGAGUCGACAGUCAAUCCGUUGGAAUCGGAAAAGGAAAUCAACAGCCUCAUUCAACAGGCGUCCUUCAAGGCCAAGAGAGAGAAAAAAACGUCAGAGAGGAGCUGUCACGAAGAGAUGGCAGACGGUGAUGGCAGCGAGUUCAUCAGCACAGUGAACAGUGUUAGUCUGAAGCCCGGCCAGUCCGACUUACUCAACCUUCACUUCCUCCCCUUCUGUCCGGGAGCCAAAUAUUGUGCUGUGUUGCUCAUUUGUCCCCAGGUCGGUGAUAUGGUCUACAUGGUGAAAGCAACCGCAGAAUUGCCUCCACCUUCCCCUCUUCGAGUUAGGCACAGUUCUAACAUAUUCUCCAUCCCGGGUAACUCUGUGGGCCCGGGUGGUUGUGUCUCAGCGCUGCGCCUGCGCUGCACGGUCGGACAGACGUGUGAGGAACUGAUACGUCUGCCUCUGAUCAAUUCGUACUGGGAAAACGCCUUGGCCAUGUGGGCUCAGCACAGAAUGACCGCCACUGAGCUUCAGAGACGGAUGAUGACGUACACUUUGCAUAGCAGCAGUGUGAGGGCAAGCAUGGCAGCGUGCAUGCUUGCCAAAAAGCAGAGCCAAAUAAAAGGCGUUGACUACAAAAAAGGGGUCGUGUACAGCGUGGAGGUUUCAUUACCUCGAUACUUUACCGUGCCUAGCACUGUGACAAUGCCUAUAAAGAAAGAGACCAGCAUAUGGAAAAAUCCUGCAGAUGAUGAUUGUGUGGAAAUCCCUUUGCGGUUCAAAGCGGACUCCGUGGGACAGUUCUCAAGUCACAUCGUUUUGAAGUCCUCCUUUGACACCAGAGUCUACGUGAUGGAAGCCCUGGUUGUGUCUCCGGCAGGAUCUGUUCACUUGGACUUUAGUUCCCCUGCUCAGCAUCCAGUCACACAAGAUAUACCUUUGCAUAAUGAGACCCACCAAGACUGGACCUUGAAGGCUGAGUUGUGUGGUGAAGGCUUCUAUGGCCCAAAUGUUUUCAUUGUACCUGCCGGGACAAGAACUUGUUACCCUCUCACUUUUCAUCCAGCUGCACAAUGCGUUGUCUUGGGGAAGCUGAGCUUGCACAACACCUACAACGGGGUGGAUCACGUCUUUACCAUCCGAGGAGUGGGCGAGCGCCCUCUGCCCGUGGAGCACCUAGUACUACGCUGUCCCGUUGGCGAGACCACUCACCGACAACUGAGUGUCCCCAAUUACAGUCAGAACACACUCUCGCUUCAGGUGGUGACAGACCUAUCGAUUAUCAGUGGCGAUUCCUCCAUAAAGCUUAAACCUGGUCAAAGCACGCUGUACACGUUGGCUGUGUUGCCACGGAAACGAGGAGCGCUAUCAGGUUGUUUGUCAUUCGUUGAGAUUGAUCACACAGAUGAGAGGGAUGCAGACAAAGGAAACAUUGUAGGACGCUAUGAGGUGUUCUACACUCUGGAAAUACUUUGUGAACAAGGAAUACCUGUGAACACCUUUGAAGUGCAGUGCAUGGUUCAAAGCUCUGUCGCCAUCGAGAUCCCGGUCAGAAACCCAGGAGGAGAACUCCUCGUGCUGAACGUGGACCUUGAAGGAGAUGACUUGUGUGGAGCAGACUGGGUUUUAAUCCCCCCGCAGGAAACGCUUAGCUACAAAGUUACAUUUUCUCCAGCAAAAAUAGGGAAGAGCACAGGCAGGGUGGUGUUCCAGUCUGAACAAAUUGGAGAGUUUUGGUACCAGUUGGAGCUUUAUGCCAUCCCCUCUGCUGUUGUCACGCUACCACAGGCUUGCUGUUCAUUGGGCAAAUGGACCCGGCAGACCAUCACAGUGGUCAACCCAACGGCAAAUAGGGUGGAGGUUCUGGUGUCCAACAGUAACCCCAGGAACUACACACUGGAACUAGGCUCAGAGAGCACGCUUUGUGUAGAGCCACUCUCCGCCACCCAACUCGGGGUCCUCUUCACCCCAUCAUCUAUUGGCGAGAGUAACCACGGAGCCAAAAUCACUUUUACAUGUCCUCAGCUGCCGCAAUGGUGUGUGUUGCUGUUUGGCCACGGUCUCAUGCCCGGACGGGAGGAACCUUUGAGCAUCUCCUGCAGAGUCGGUUCCAGCGAGUCUGUCACCGUUCACUUCACAAACCCCACCGAGCGCCCGGCAACACUCGCGAUCAAACUUACAGAUAAGGAUCCAAGUGCUUCUCCGGACUGCCUCCCAGUGACUCCUGACAAGGAUGCGUUCUCGCUAUUGCUGAGCCAUACCGACGGUGUACAAAUAAGUGAGGGGGGCAGUUUGGAUGUACCGGUGGUGUUUGCUCCCAAGUCUACGGACCCCCAACAGGCCUGGUUAUCCAUCUCUAUGAAGCCCGUCAACGCCAGUACAAGUGGAAAAAGGGGAAGAAAGAAGCUGUCAACCAUCUGUUGGAUCUACCCUCUCUAUGGGAUUCCCGUCAGCACUCCUGUUGAUAACUCGCCGCUCUGCGUCGUCCAGUGUGAAGCGGGCUGCCAGCUUGAGAAGAAGUUUGAUGUCCAGCUCACUGGAUUUGUGCCAAGGACUGGAACUGGAAUUGAAGUGUCCAACGUACUUGUGGAAGAGUUCCAGUGUGAGGUGUGCUAUGAGAGUGAAACCGAGGACUACCUGACCGCCUCAGUCGAGGCAGGAAGAAGGGACCACAGGACUGGCGUUGUAACGCUCACCAUCAAUCUGAUUCACAAUCCAGUCAAACAAUUCAGGUGCUCAGCAGUACUGGUGGUACAGCAUGUGUCCGGACAAAUGUGGGAGUUUUGUCUUGAUGUCAUCGCCACAGAGCCCCAGGUUGAUGAUGUCAUUGACACAGACGUGACCGAGUUUGGCAAAACAUCCGCACUGGGCUUCUACUUGACCAGUACCACUCGGAGACCCGAGCCGUUUACUGCAGCGUUCCAGCCAGGCAGCAGCGAUGAAUUCUCUGUAACUCCAACCUCCGGAAUGUUGCCACCCGUGGAUUCCAGCGGCGCCCUCAUCAAUGUGUUUUUCACCCCCACCGUCAAAAAUAAGAGACACAACGCGAGACUUACCGUCCAGGCAUCAGGGAUGCAGUGGAUGUAUGAUGUCAGAGGUGUAACUCCUCCCCUCUUUGCAUCUUUACCCAACAAUGCUUCUGGACUCCGAGCCACCAAUGAACACCAUCCCAACUUUGUAGCACGGAAUCUUCACAUUCCGGCCCUGGCAAAUUCAUCACCGCUGAAAGUUCGCAGAUAACUCCUAGCCUCUUUCUUGCGUUUCUGCAGGCAUGUCAAGACAUACUAGUGGCUGCAAUAUAGAGUGUAGGAUGAAUCUGAGCGUGAUCAAAUUCUGGAACAAUCUUCCCCUUACAUGCGGUAUGUCCUGGCUCAAGAGUUCUGGAUUCCUGGAUGCAACAAAUGUUCAUUCAAUGCCAUUAAAUACAGGAAUGAUCUUUGUUUUAAUGUAAGUUUAAUAUAUAAGGGAACCACUGUAGAGUGGUGCCUUGAGAUAUGAGUUUAAUUUGUGCUCGUGUGCUCAUAACUCAAAAAACACCUCAAAUCAUCUUUCUCCAUUGAAAUAAAUGGAACUGUCAUUAAUGCGUUCCAUCCUUCUCAAAAACCAACAAAAAUAUUUGUAAAGUAUUUAAUAAGGAAUAUGGCAAUCAUAUUAUUCCAUCUUAUUUCCAUCCAUCCAUCUUCUUCCGCUUAUUUGGUGUCAGAUCACGGCGCACCAUCUUACGUUUUAUGAGACCAUACCAAAAUAACAAAUAGCAUGUAAAGAAUAAUCAGUUUGUGGAUGAUUUAAGGAUUUGUUCAUUGUGCUACUUUUACUGUUCGUAUAUCAAAUUGGCACUUGGAAGUCACAGCAAAGAUUCAGUCAGAAGAUGCAUCAUAUCCGAAAAAGCGUAAGUAAGCGUAAAAAGUAAGUCGGGUCACUCAUAUCUCAAGACGCCACUGUACAUUUAGAGGCCAGGUGAUCGCUUUCUCUUUUGAAAUAGUUCUCGGAUUUGUACGGUUAGAAGGCAAUUUAGGUUUUGAGAAUUAUCAUGUAGAAAAUGGAGUGGAAGAAAUCCCUAGAUCUUCUUAAAUUGAUGACAUUUUAAAGAGCGAUACAGUAUUUUCCAGUUCCUGUAAUCUUAAAGUUUUGUGCCUUUACAUAUCGUGACUGUCAUCAGGUAUAUAAUAGAUGAUAAACUACUGAAAAUUCCUUUUUUUUUAAUGAGGUUACUAUAUUGUUCUUUAAAAGGCUAGUUCAUAGGAUAAAGAUUUCCCAAAUGUACUUUUCUUACUCUGUAUUAAAACAUAGAGGAAAAACAACAUGUUCUCGUUAUCUAUGUCAAUUAUGUUCUGAUUUUGCUGGUCUGGCCCACUUGACAUUGGAAUAGGCUAUGUGGCUAAACUAUAAUAUGAUUGACAGCACCGUCUUU